AUGAAACAGAAGCAGAAACAGAGUGAUGUGCAAAUGAAGACGAAGCAAGAAAAAUCAGAAACGGAGAAGGAGUUGGACAUACAAAUUGCGAAUACGAAGAAAGUACAAAAAGAAAAGGAGCUAAAGAAACAAAGUGAUGUCCAAAUUAAGACCAAGGAAGAACAAUCGGAAAGGGAGAAGCAGUUGGACAUACAAAUUGCGAAUAUGAGGAAAGUCCAAAAAGAAAGAGAGGAAAAAGCUCGUGCAGCUAAAAAUGAAGAGAAGAAAAGGAAACGAAAAAGGAUAGAAGAGGAAGACAGAUUAACGGAAGAAGAAGCGAGAAAAAUCGAAGAGAUGUUGUCACAAACAGAGGAAAAGGUUAUAAGUAAGAGGAAGAAAAGUAAGAAAGCUAAGGAAUUAGCAGACUUGGCUUUACAAAUAGAACAAAAUUUGUAA